GCGGGGUCAUCUUGGGCGGCAGGUCUGAACUGGGGACAUCCCAAGAAAUGGGGGGUCACAGAAAGAACCCAGGCAGCAGAGCGAGGGACACUCAAUCCCUCGGUCCUCAAUCUGCCCCAAACAAGCUAUCUUUCCUGCUAACCUGGCCCUGUGUGAUACUGUAACCACUAACCUCUUGAGACUAUUGAGAGUACUUCAUGUGGCUGGGCCGUAUUGAAGUUCACUGUGAAAGUUUAAUAUACAUAUCCUAUCAUGCUUUUUCUGUGCCCCUUCUCCCCAAAUUAUCAUCAGUAGAAAAAGAAGAAAACAUGUCAGGACACAAAUGUUAUGCCUGGGACUUGCAGGAUCGGUAUGCGCAAGACAAGUCAGUGGUCAAUAAGAUGCAGCAGAAGUACUGGGAAACAAAGCAGGCCUUUAUUAAAGCCACAGGGAAGAAGGAAGAUGAGCAUGUUGUUGCCUCUGAUGCAGACCUGGAUGCCAAGCUAGAGCUGUUUCACUCAAUUCAGAGAACCUGUCUGGACUUGUCUAAAGCAAUUGUACUCUAUCAAAAGAGGAUAUGUUUCUUGUCUCAAGAAGAAAAUGAGCUGGGAAAAUUUCUCCGAUCUCAAGGCUUCCAAGAUAAAACCCGAGCAGGAAAAAUGAUGCAGGCCACGGGGAAGGCCCUAUGCUUUUCCUCCCAGCAAAGGUUGGCCUUGAGAAAUCCUCUGUGUAGAUUUCACCAAGAAGUGGAGACUUUUCGGCAUCGGGCCAUCUCUGAUACUUGGCUGACAGUGAACCGCAUGGAGCAGUGCCGGACAGAGUACAGAGGGGCAUUAUUGUGGAUGAAGGAUGUAUCUCAAGAACUUGAUCCAGACCUCUACAAGCAAAUGGAGAAGUUCAGGAAGGUACAGACACAAGUACGCCUUGCAAAAAAAAACUUUGACAAAUUGAAGAUGGAUGUGUGUCAAAAAGUGGAUCUUCUUGGAGCAAGCAGAUGCAAUCUCUUAUCUCACAUGCUAGCAACAUACCAGACCACUCUGCUUCAUUUUUGGGAGAAAACCUCUCAUACUAUGGCAGCCAUCCAUGAGAGCUUCAAAGGCUAUCAACCAUAUGAAUUCAAGACACUAAAGAGCUUACAGGACCCCAUGAAAAAACUAGUUGAGAAAGAAGGAAAGAAGAAGACCACCCGGCUGGAAAACCCAGAUGCUGAAAUGCAGGAGCCAAGUCAAUUAAUUUCAUUAGAGGAUGAAAACCAGUACAAGGAAUCUUCUACUUUUACAGGACCUAUAGAUGAACUGCUGGACAUGAAACCAGAGGAAGGUGCAGGCCUAGGUCCCAUGACAGGGACUCCAGAACCCGAAUGUGGGGACAAGGAUGACCUGCUGCUGCUGAGUGAGAUCUUUAGCACUUCCUCCCUGGAUGAGGGCGAAUUCAGCAGAGAGUGGGCCGCAGUGUUUGGAGAUGAUCGACUGAAGGAGCCAGCCCCAACAGGCAUCCUGGGUGAGGCAGACUCCAAGCCCCAGAUAGGCUCCGGAUUCCUUCCCUCACAGCUUUUAGACCAAAAUAUGAAAGACUUACAGGCCUCGCUGCAAGGCUGGUCAGAGAGCAAUGUCAGCCCUUCUACUCCACUUCCAGCAUCAAAGAAAAGCAAUUCAAAUGACAAGAGCUCUGCAGUGAAAGAGCCUGCCAAGGCUGCCUCAGACCUGACUGCUUGGUUCAGCCUCUUUGCUGACCUCGACCCCUUAUCCAAUCCUGAUGCUGUUGGGAAAACUGAUAAAGAACACGAAUUGCUCAAUGCAUGAGUCUGCAGCCUUCAAGUGGAAACCUUCACACCUCUCCACAGCGCCUCACCUGGGCUCACAGACAUGUAACGUGAUCAGUAUGCUGUUUUAAUAUUUAUGUGCCAUUUUAAUAAAAUGAAAGGGUCAAAGGCCCUAUUUCUA